UGUUGUCUGGACAGACAUCAGUUCUUUACCACUUCGUUUCUGAGCUUUGAUUAAACAACAGAGAGAGAAAACGUGGCUGAUUUUGUUUCAAAUGAAAGGAAAUGUAAAUUUUGCUCAAGGAUGUAUGUAGCCAAGCUUGUCCUGUAUUGGAUCAUAAUUCUGUGCUUUAGGCAGGAAACUCAAGCCAAACCUACAAUCUAUAUGCUGAACAGAACCAGAGUGGCACUAGCAGGAGAAACUCUUUACUUCAACCUGUCAGUGGACAUCCCAGCAAACUACACUACUAACAAACUUAAAUGCUACCAUACUCAGAGCAGGAUGAUAAUUUGGAGUAAAGAACUUAAAAGUGAAUUUUUUGAAACUACAAAGUCGGUGAUGGCACAUAUCAAAAUGCACAAUAGCUCCAGUUCUGGCAAUUACUACUUUUAUUAUACAGAUCAGCAAGUGCAUUUGGUGGUUCAUGUGAGAGAUAAAGGUUAUCAGCAGCCACCUGAGGAGUUAGACAGUGCCAUCAUCACAAUGAUGGCAUUCUCAGGAAUUCUUCUCAUCUUCAGUGUUGCUGGGUCACUUUACAUAUUAAAAAGCUACAAGGAACACCCUGCUUGUAGAGAUGACAAAAAUGAAGUUGCAGAGCAGAGGCCAGGGGGGAAUGAUGAAGUGAUAUUGGAUGAGGAUCCUGCAUCUGCAUCACUCUACACAGCGCUACAAUACAGAUCAAGCUCCAUUUAUGAUUCAUUGCAUCCAGACACGAUGCAUGAAGAAAACACAUUGAAGAAAAAAUCAGUUAAAAAGCACUGCAAAGCACAAGAAGAUGAAGUAUUUGAUUCUGUCUAUGAAAACUUGUGAAUGAAUGAAGGAAUGAUUCGAGUUAAUGAAUUUCAUGUAUGAAUACCUGCUGGAAUGUACUUGGUGUCAAAUAAAGAUUUUUUUUGUAUAAUUGAAUAUUUUAUG